AUGUCAUUAACACCUAAAAUAGGACGAUCAUCCCAAAGCAGCCAGAAUGCACGACAAUUCAUUCUAAAAGAUGAUAGUGAUGUAGCAAAUAGCAUUGCUAUUUUUGCAUUAUUGCUUCAAAAUGGACAUUUCGGGCUUCCAAUGUCAAACUUGAGCAUGACAAGAGCUGAUCUUUAUAAGGUUCCCAAAACAAAACACUUUUCUCCUCAUCACGGCAGGACAAACCCAGCAGUUAUUUUCUAUCAUCAAAACUCUAGUUUCUGUGGUGAUCCCGAAUCUCCCACUGCCAGCCGAUCUUACAAUGAUGAUAGUGAAAUCUACGAAGACGAUGAUGAUCUUAACAAUAGCAGUUACGGAAUGCUUGAGAUGACAAACAGCAAAUUUGGCAUUGGAGUUACUCAAAGUACACCAGUAGAAGAAACGUUUGAGACAGUGACACCAAAAAAACAAGUUCUCGAUGAUGUUAAUGAUCUUACGCCUCCACAUACAGUUCCUCAUCAAAACAAAUCAUUCACCUAUUCAACAAGUAAUACGGGAUUCCAAAGAAAAGUUAGUAGUAACGACUUUUCUGACAUUCAAAACUCCUUUCCUCCGGUUUAUAAGCAAAGCCCACUUGGUUCCAAAGACAAAAACUUCACUGCGCCUAAGUCGUCGUUUACGAGGUCUAACAUAUUUGGCCAAAAAAUUCCUGUGUAUCAAAGGAAAACUGUCGAAAAUAAUCAAACCAAUAUUUUACGAAGCAAUGGUAACAAUAUUCAAAGUGAGGGAAGUAUCUUCCGUCCCGACACACCUACCACCCAAAUCAAUAAAAAACUCAACUUGUUCCGGGUUCAAACACCGUUAAAAAGGGAUGAGGAGCUCAAAUUGUCAUCCUGUCUUGAUGAGCCUAAGACACCAGUAGAACAGACAGGGAGCUACUCGUAUGACACAAGUUAUGACACACCAAUAUCCAGUCAAAAAACUAGAACUAUGGGUGGGGUAUGUUUGAAAGAUCUUGAAAAUAACACAUCAUUUAAUAAUAAGAAUGAUGAAAAUGAUGGAGAGAAUGAAGUAAUCGUGUUAGACGAUGAAGAUACAAGUGCGGAAUUUUCUAUGGAAAGUUACAAUACAUUAAAAAAAGAGAAAAGGAGUGAGAUUAGCAUUAAAGUUAACAGUUCUGGAUAUCGAGUUAGAAAAAGAAGCGACAUGUUAAGCUCUCCUUUUAAAACGCCAGUUCGAAAUCAAAGCCCUGACAAAGCUAGCGCGAGGCACGUUUCUAUGUUUCAUGCCCAAACUACGGAAAACUCAAGUAAUAAAAUAAAACGGCCCGCAAGUACUCAACCAGUUUCAAAUGCUGAAGACUUGGACACUUCAAAGUAG